GUUUCAGCGUCGAUCAAUGGCCAAGCGGAGAGGAGCUCGUGUGCACGGUCCCCGCGACGCCAACCAGCCCGAGACCCAUGGAUAGCCCGUCCCGUGCCGCUUGCCUGCUAAGGCUGCAGUAGCUGCCUCUCAUUCCCCUCUCUUGCUGAUCUCACUCUCUCUCUCUCUCUUCCUCCCUCUCUCGGUGCACUCAAUGCAUUCACAUAUCCCACCAUACUCAUCACUGCCUGCCCAAGAGCAAUCAUGUCCACCACACCGACACCGUCUCUCACGCUAACCCGUCCCGCCCCAACAGACAACCCGACGAAACCCCUCAUCAUCCUCUGCGACGGGACCUGGUGCGGUCGCGAGACCAACACGCGAAGCAACAUCUACAAACUCGCCGAACUUUUCGGGGUAAGAAUCGGCGCCCGGAUCCAGUCUCCGGACGGAGUUCUCUACCUCGAAGGUGUGGGACUGGGCAGUUCGUUCCUCGACUACCUCUUCAACGGCGUAACCGGCCAAGACAUCGCGCAGCAAUGCAUCACGAUCUACGAAUACCUAGUGCACAACUACACCUACCCGACGCACGAGAUCUGGCUCUUCGGGCUGUCGCGGGGCGCGUACCUCGCGCGCGCUGUCGCGGGGAUGAUCAACAACUGCGGCAUCGUGCACCCGGUCCGGAUCGCGGGCACGAACGAGAUCGACACCCCGCAAACCCGACUGCUGUGCGAGACGGUCUACAACCUCUACCGGUCGCCCUACGCGACGAACGCGCCGCACGCCCCGCAGUCGCUGCGCUUCCGGCAGACGAAAUCGUGGCCGCUGAUCGGCGACGAGGACCCCGCCGACCGCACCACGCCGCGGUUCCACCCGCCCAUCCGGUUCAUGGGCCUCCUCGACACGGUCGGCAGCCUGGGCAUGCCCGAGUACACCGGCGGGGUCGGGCUGGACUGGCCCGUGUUCUACGACCAGCAUGUCUCGACGGUCGUGGCGAAUGUGCACCAUGCGGUCUCGCUGCAUGAUCGGCUGUUCGUCUUCCAGCCGUGUCUCGUGAGUCGGGACCGCGCGCGGCACGGUGCGCGGGAUUGGGAGCGGUUCGGCGUGACGCGGCAGGAGUGGCUCCCGGGGUGCCACUACGAUCUCGGCCGCCAGCGGUUCCGGUUUCUGCGCGAGUUCGGCGGUGGGUGGCUCGAGUCUCUGCUGGCCAGUCGGUGGUUCGGGUUCGCGAGCAAGGUCAUCGAGCCCAACCAUGUGCUGGCGGAUCUGGCGCUGCGGUGGAUGCUGCUGGCGAUCCGCGCGCAGAGCACUACCGUAAAGUAUGAAGUGGUAGCCAACAUUGAGCGCGUGAUCGAGGAUGUGACGGAGAGUAUUCAUGGCAGAGCGCGGGAGCCCGGUCGCACCGGCGACGGCGAUGUCUACGGGCAUAUCCUGUCGUAUGCGCCGUUUGGGUCGCUGCUUCUGGAUGUUGUGCGGAUGCUGCGCGGGACCCGAGGCAAGGUGUCGGCUCUGUAUCAGUUGUUCUUCGAUCUGCGGGACCGGCUGAUCCCGGAUGAUAACGCUGUGGUCUACGAUUUCCACGGGUUUGAUGAGGAUAUCCCCGGGUGUGUCGGGGAUUUGGCGCGGGUGAGUGAGCGGCGGUACCCUUCCAAGUCGUACGUGAAGUGGAGGUUGAGGCAGUAGGGUGGUUGUGUGGGCAGGGGACACGACUAUUUUUUGGCUUGCGUCGUGCUAUAGCAUCAAUCAAUUGCUUCCACCGGGAUGGAAGUCACCUUACAGGUGACGAGGUACUGUACUGUGCUACAACAUUCAUUGGGAAGUACAGAGCAUGCGCGGAACGGUGUAACUGUAACACACUCAAGUACCUGGUUCCCGGGUCGAGGAAUCUGCCGCAGGUGCGGGUGCUGAUUCCGCG